AUGGAUAAGAGUUUGGUCACCCUGGAUCUGUUUCCGUAUGAGAAGCUACAUGACCCCAAGGUUGCUUGUGGCCCAGCAGACAAUGAGCAAGCUGAAGAGAAAAUAAACCUGGCGAGGAUGAGGUUUAUGACGUACGAAGAGAAAAGAGAGGAGGCGCGGCACAAUGUCUCAACAAAACUAACUCUCUACACCGAUCCAUGGACCAUCAAGCAGGAAAUAACCGAAAGCAAUCAUGGCUAUAUCAACCAUCUUUUUCUAACCGAAAGCUUUGUACGUAGCGACAUUCUGAGGUACCUCCCUGUGUCUGAUCAAGGGGUAGUACUCGAAGAAGGCCCUGGCUUAACAGUCGACGUGUAUGAUGACGACACUUCUACUAUGCACAACCUGGUUCUUAUGAAAUGGCCCGACUCUACAAGCUAUAUUCUCCUCAAUGGAUGGCAUAAGGAUUUUGUGGUGAGAAGAGCUCUGAAGGGAGGCGAUGUGGUUGGAAUGUAUUGGGAUCCUUAUGGUUUCAAGCUUCACUUUUGUGUGCUUUCUCGUGCACCCAUAAGAGCUAGCUCAGGUUCCGUUGCAAUGGGUUCAGCAUCAUUUGCUCCUCGUCCUGCAGGUCCAUAG